GGACGUUUGUGUCUGCCUUCACGGUGUUGUGUGGAGCUCGGACCGACCUCCCCGACAGGCACAUCUGCUGUGUGUUCUGGUUGAACAUUGCAGCAGCUCUGAUUCAGAUCCUCACAGCGAUUGUGAUGGUUGGCUGGAUCAUGAGUAUAUUUUGGGGAAUGGACAUGGUCAUUCUUGCCAGUAAGUACAGUUGCAAUAGCCUCUUUUUUCAUUCUUUUUAUGGGCUUGAGGAAGUUCACCGCUUUGCCAUCUGGCAACAAUAAGCUAAGGCUAUUAUCUUGUGGUUUGUCCUGUUGGUGGGAUCUGAUUGCAAGGGCUGAAUAUAGGGUUUGCAUCCUUGCCCCAUCCACUCUUCCUUCUCCUUGAUAAAAGGCGCAUGGUUUGACCUACUCUGCUCUCCCAGUUGGGUACAACAUCAGGCUUCACAGAACUGUUUUUGAGAGGGACAUACCCACCUCAAAGUAGGGCCAGAAUUUUUGAGUGGGAAGAGUUCAUGCUUGGAGUUCCCCACUAUUUAGAGCAGGGUUUCCCAAACUUGGGUCUCCAGGUGUUUUUGGACUACAGCUCCCAUCAUCCCUAGUUGGCAAGACCAGCAGUCAGGGAUGAUGGGGAUUGUAGUCCAGAAAUAGCUGGAGAUCCAGUUUUGGGAAACACUGAUUUAGAGUGUCAGCUAGGUGCUAACGGGUGGCAGACUCCUGAUUUAAAGGAUUUGUUAGGAAACGUGAUGACUACGCCUGCAUUAGGGAGUAGUAAUUAGAGGUUAAUUUGCAAUCUUGCAGUCCACUUUUCAGCCCUAGAGUAAUCGUAGGUCUCUGAACCUGACAGCUAUUACAGGGCUGCUAUAUUUUUAUGACUGUACGGAGCUUCAAAAAGCCCAUGCCCACGUUUGUUCUUCCAGAGAGCCACGGCAACACAGGUCUGCCACCCUUUCAUGUGUGAAGGUGGGUGGACAGCAGCUUUUGAUAAGAGACACACAAUGAAUUAAUAGAACCAAUUAUCUGUCUAAAACUGUGCCUGACUAAGCCUUCUGUAUGCAAGCAGCUCGUGUAUCUUUCUUUUUCUCUUUUUUAAGAAAAAUGUUCAUUUUGUAUCACUCGUAUAUGUCAGCUGGAAAGAAACAGAUCAGAAAACAAAUUUGGCCUAUUAGUGAACCCAGUUUCUGCCUUCUUUCUAAGUAUUUUGAUCAUUUCAUUGGACAGAAGGUGGAAGGCCUCUAGAGGGCAUGCAUAUGAAGGGCUUUGCCAUGCCUCUGUGCAUUCAAGCAUUCAUUGUUUCUAUUAACAAUAAUGAAAAAAUAAGAAUAAAGGACUUCUUACUCACUUUAUACAAUAAGGUAUCCAUGGUGGAGUACAGCAAUAUAAAAAUACAAUAUUCAACUCUUGUUAAAGUAAUUUAUAAUCAGAGAAAACAAAGUGGGUCCUAAAAAUGUGUAUUUCAGGUGUCAAGGGGCAGAAUAAAGAGAUAUGAUGAAAGCUAUACAGUGAAGGCAGCAGGUGGACCGUCAGGAAGGGAAUUCCACAGUUUAGGAACUGCCACAGAAAAUGCCUUCAAUGACAUCCACUACGAGAGGGCACACAAUGUGGAUCUACGUGCUGAUGCCCAUGUGUGGAAGCUCCACACAACGAAGUCUUCCUGUUACACUACCAUUUCAGAAGUAGAAUAUCACGUUUCAAUGACUUUUUAAUUUUUCAUCUGCUCCUGGAAAGCUAGCAAGAAAGAUGACCUUACUUUUUUUGCACAUUCUAGCUUUCUACUGGCAGGGAGUUUUUGAAAUGAAGGAGCAUUGAAGCUUGCUACCUACCUCACACCAACUUUCUGAAGAGGCCCAGACCCAGAAAUGAUGCAUUGUGUGAAUUUCCAACCACAUGCAUUUGUUUUCACUUUCUGUCUGAGAGGUAGACCUAAUGUUAAGAGAAUGUGCAUAUUUAAGAGCUGGGGAAAGGCAGCUCUGCAUUGGGGCUUAAAGUUCAGCUUGAUGAGACACCUGCCAUUUAAGGCGCCCUCUUUUCCCAAGGCUUUCUGUGAUUUCAGCUCAAACCGUGUUGGAUACUGUGACAUACAGCCCUCCACUUCUCAGUUAUUUGCCCUUUUCCCCAAGUGGUGUUGCUGUCAUUGUUCUCUGUUUACAAAUGGGAAGAAGAAUCACACUGAAGUUUGCAGUUUCUGUACUAGCAGACAGGGCAAGUCAACAUGACCAUACCUCCAAUAUUUCUUGAAAAAAUUCUGGGGCGCCUCAUAGCCACCCCAGAUGGUGGCCCUGCUGCCAGCUCAGAUACCAUCACUGUACAUGUGAGGUUGUGUUUCUUUGCCCUAAUGUGUAUCACUUUGCCCUUUCUUCCAAUCAAGUGUGCAUAGGCUCAAGGUCUUAAAAGUGAACUUUGUGUAGUGCUCUCCUGUACCUUCUGUUUUAUGUCCACUUCUCUUAACUAAAAUGCAUGCAUGACAUAGUUGUGCUGCUAAGUAAGUUGUGCUCCAUGCACCAAGUCUUAUUGUCUUAGCUUGAAGUAGGCACAAGCUUUUAAAUUUAUAAUUUUGUCGUGGUUACUUCAUUCAUAAAAACCAAAUGUAAGUUCUUGCAAUUUAUGGAGCUGGGGGGAAAUCCUCUAUUAGUUUUGCAAGCCCAUUCUUAACUGUAGUAAAUUUCUGUUUAAUUGCUUAUCACUUUACUUGCUUGUGUUUUUCCGUUAUUGAUGUGCUUUGAAUAUUCCUGAUAGUUACGUCUUUCCUUUUCUCUCUUUUUAUAUUUCUUUCACGUUCUCUAAAUGAACAACAAAAGUUUCACAAGGUAUGUUUCUCCCACACACCUCUUUUUCUUAUUUUUACUGUACACUAAUAACUUAGUAUUGUGUUUUCUAAGGUAAAAUCCAUCAGAAAUCUAGAGUAUAAGAUGGGGUCCUCUUCCCAAUUUAUAACUGGGAUGUGCAUGUUCUACAUGCUCAAAUUUCUGACCCUGUGAAGUAAUUUUGCUUUCCUUCACUUGGUUAUAUUUUACUCCCUGGUAGUAAUACUUACAUUUCUGUGGGAUAAUGUAAAAGCUAUUCUGAUAUGUUCAAGUGUUAUAUGACCAAAGAUUUUCUUAGCUUUCAAAUGUUCUUGUUGCAGACUAGUUUUUCUUUUGUUAGGAAAUCAUUAGAAGUACACUGAAAAGACUCCUCUCAUGUAACAUUUGGCUCACUUGGAAUGUAUUCCUAAGUGAUCCAGUAACUACUUGCACAUGGAAGAAUUAUGCUGGAAAUAGUUAGUAGAAGUAGUAGUAGUAGUAGUAGUCAUGUUUUGCUCAUUUAGCCUUAUGUGAAUUUUAUCUGUUUAGUCUUAAUACAAAACUCCGUAAAGAAACAAAACCAUGCAGAUAAAAGCAAAACAUUUGUGCACUCAUUGCAGUCACAGAACUACGCAAUGCACACCGUCUUGCACAAUGAUCCCUCUGAAGAUGCCUUCCGCUUCCUCUGUUUGAUUUAUACCUUCACACCAGCUCCAUGCAAUCCCACAGGGGGCUGGUCCCUUGGAGUCUUAUGGCUCAAAGGGACCACAAGAGUAUUACUGGUAUUAUUUUGCAUGAUGGCUUUCACUUGAGUUUCAACUACAAAAUAACCUGUGGGAACCUUCUUCUUCUGCCUCUCACAGGGUACAACGAACAUAGGAUCCCUCAGCACUUGUGAUGCGGUUUGGCACCAACGAAGCACAAAGAUAACUUCGUUUUUGUCCUUCUUUUUCCUCUGUCCAGCGGAGCGGAGGUGCAGAGCGGCAGAGAGUGACCUUCACUGA